AUGCAUAAGGAAAGACCAGAAGUUUCCGGCCGUGUGCGUUCGAGCGCUUUCAUUACCACAAAGCGCACAAUUUGCGAGCUCUUGUUCGUUUGGAUGGUUGGCUACGUCCUUUACCAAGUCUAUGUUGCGUGUUUCGGGCCUCUCUUCAACCCUAAUCAUCCGGAUGGAACUCUUUGCCGCCAAUCACUACCCGCAGCCACUCCGUCGAACUUUUCCGACCUUUACUCUUCGCCAAGAUUUCGGUUGGAAAGCGCGAAAAGGCUCUCUGGGGCGAUUCAAAUUCCUACCAUGACAUUCGACGACAUGGGACCUGUUGACGAGGAUGAAAGGUGGCUACCGUUCGUGGAUAUGCACAAGUAUCUUAGAGAUACGUUCCCACUGACACACUCGGCUACAAACCUCACCGUCGUAGGGGGAUUCUCGCUCGUGUACACGUGGAGGGGUGUAAAUUCGAGCCUGAAACCACUCAUGUUAACUGGCCAUUUGGAUGUUGUUCCAGGUGUGACGUCUCUCGAUAGGUGGACCUACCCGCCAUUCGAUGGUGUCAUUGAUGGUGAAUGGAUUUACGGUAGAGGAUCCGGGGACUGCAAGAAUAAUGUGAUCGGAAUCCUCACCGCUGUGGAGCAUCUUAUACACAGCGGGUGGGUUCCAUACAGGACUAUCGUCCUCGCCUUCGGGCAAGACGAGGAAGUCAGCGGACCUCUCGGAGCAACUAACAUCGCCAAGCACCUUGAGGAUGUGUAUGGGAAAUAUGGAAUCGCCAUGAUUGUAGAUGAGGGCGGAAUGGGCUUGGAGAAGCUGUACAAUCAAGAGUUUGCAUUGCCUGGAAUUGCUGAGAAGGGAUAUAUGAACGCAGAGGUUGAGGUAGAUAUGCUUGGAGGCCAUUCUUCGAGACCGACGGUCUAUACAACCAUCGGGAUUUUAUCCAAAAUCGUCUCGGCUAUUGAGUCCCCUACGCUGAGGAAGGAAAGCCCAAUCUGGGGUUUCAUAUCUUGUCUAGCUGAACAUGGCGACAAAGCGUAUGUUCCGAAGUGGAUUAGGAACGCGGCUUUCUCCAAGAGACCAGAUUAUAAAGAUGCCGCAAGGAAAUUUGCGCAGACCUCUGUUGAAAAUCAAUAUCUCAUUCAAACUUCUAAAGCAGCGACUAUUUUCAACGCUGGGGUCAAAACAAAUGCUCUUGCCGAAAGUGCCAAAGUCAAUUUCAACUCGCGCGUUGACAUCUUCAGCUCAAGUAUACCGGUUUUUUCGUUUUUCGUCCCCCUUCUGACGUACCAUGCAGUCGACGAUGUCAAGAAAAUAUUCCACUUCCUCGUCAAACCCAUCGCCGAAAAAUAUUGUCUUCUGCUCAAUAGCGAAUCCCCGUCUCCAAACCGGUACAACGUUCAUUGCGGGGGUAAGCCUUCUAUUGGAAAUAUCAGCCUGACAUACAACUCCGAGCAUGAGGCAAGCCCCAUCGCUCCUUUUAUAUUGGACGCCCAUGCCUGGGUGAUUUUUUCCAAAGCUGUUCAGGCCUCGUUUGGCCCAGAAAUUAUUGUUUCACCCAGUGCGAUGACGGGUAAUACAGAUACUCGAUUCUAUUGGAAUUUGUCACCAAAUAUCUAUCGAUGGAGUCCCGUUCGCUCCCAAGAUAAGAUCAACAUCCACACCGUCGACGAGAUGAUCAGUAUGCGUUCUAAAUUUUAA